UCAACAAUGGACUCAACGUGGGUGAACACUUCUCUCGGCCUUAAUCUUGUUCCGUUUUGCCGUGCCAAUGAUAGUCGAGCUCCUGCCACUAUGCAACAAGAGUUUGAAGGGGGUUAUGCUCAACUCCAAGGCAAUGCAUUGGUGAAAGAAGAGGCAGCUAGUCAUCAUGAUGUGUUGGCUGAAGAGUUGAAUAGGGUAAGUGUGGAGAACAAGAAGCUGACUGAGAUGCUAACUGCCCUCUGCGAGAAUUACAACACUUUGCAAUCCCAAGUGGGGGAAUUGAUGACUACCCAGCAGCAGCAAAACAAAACAUCUGAUAUUUAUAGGAAGCGAAAGGCAGACAGUGAAGAUUACAACAACGUGAUUGGAUUAAUUAGUCCCACUAAUACUGACACCAGUUCCAUCAGUGAUGAUAAAGAGUAUUCAUGCAAGAGGCUAAAGGAGAACACCAACUUAAAGAUUUCCAGGGUUUAUGUUCACACCGAUGCAUCCGAUACAGGCCUCAUUGUGAAUGAUGGAUACCAAUGGAGGAAAUAUGGUCAGAAGGUCACAAGAGAUAACCCAUCUCCUAGGGCUUACUACAAGUGCUCCUUUGCCCCAAGUUGCCCUGUUAAAAAGAAGGUGCAAAAAAGUGCUGAAAAUCCAUGCCUACUGGUGGCUACAUAUGAAGGAGAACACAACCACAUGUAUCCUGAGAAGCGAGCUGAAGUUACACUAAUAGCCCCGGUAUCUCCAAAACAGAACCAGCAGCUUAUUACUAGUCCAAUUUCCGUUUUACCAUCCGUGGCAAAGAUAUCUCCGGCUCCAACUUUUUUAAGUGACGAUAAUCGAAUAAGUCCCAAUAGUGCCAUGUGCCCCCCAGAAACUCAAGCUCCGACGUAACAGUUUUUGGUACAACAAAUGGCUUCUUCCCUGACCAAAGAUCCCAAUUUCACAUCUGCUCUUGCUGCUGCCAUUUCAGGAAGAAUUUCAGGCCACACUAUGGCCCGAAAUGGUGAAAAGUGAAAA